AUGGAACAUACACGUUGCGUCCUCCGUACAAUCAUCCUCAUUGUUAUAUAUGUCUCGGCUGUUCAUGGCAGCAGCCGCCGCCACCACCGAAGACUGUUGUUGGACGCCAGAGAUGCUACUACACUCGUUUCUGACCCAUCUCUAAGUUUCGAAAACGUACGAAUCAGAAAUGCCUACAUCGCUUUACAAGCAUGGAAGGAAGUCAUCGUAUCCGAUCCACAUGGUGUCACCACCAAUUGGGUCGGAUCUGAUGUCUGCAACUACACAGGUGUUUUUUGUUGGGAAAGCAUUGACAACCCUAAAGAACGCACUGUGGCCGGAAUUGACCUCAACCACCAACAUUUGGCCGGCCACCUCCCGGACCACCUAGGCUUGUUGUAUGAUCUAGGUCUCUUUCAUAUUAACUCAAAUCGGUUUUGUGGGAAACUUCCAAAAAGUUUCUUGAACUUCAAGAUACUUACGGAGCUUGAUCUAAGCAAUAACCGGUUUGUCGAAAACUUUCCUCAGUUUGUUUUGGAACUCCCAAACCUCAAGUAUCUUGAUAUUCGGUUUAACGAAUUUGAAGGUAAGCUUCCUGAAGAACUUUUCAGCAAGAAUCUCGAUGCUAUACUUGUAAAUAACAAUAGGUUUUCAUCUAACAUACCGGAAAACAUUGGGAGUUCACCGGCCUCGGUGAUUGUUCUUGCGAACAACAAGUUUACCGGAUGUGUUCCUUCGAGUGUCAUGAAUAUGUCUAAGACAUUGAACGAGUUGGUACUGAGAGACAACGGACUCGACGCUUGUAUUCCUGAAACAAUUGGGAAGUUGAAGAAUUUAACUGUGUUAGAUUUGAGUGAUAACAGGAUAAAAGGUGAGUUGCCAGUGAGUAUCGAGGAAAUGGUGAGCUUGGAGGAUUUGAAUGUGGCUCAUAAUAUGUUAUCAGGAAAGAUUUCUGAGAGGUUGUGUUUGCUUCCUAAUUUAGAGAACUUUAGAUAUGAAUAUAACUUCUUUGUGAAUCAAAGUGAUAAUUGUUCGAAACUGGCCGAUUUUAAUGAUAGAAAGAAUUGUUUUGGAGGGAGGCCAGACCAAAGAUCGAAUUCGCAAUGUAAAUUGUUCCUUUCUCGACCAUCGAAUUGUAGCGCUUUCACGUGUAACCAGCCACCACCGGCGUUCUCCCCUCCUCCCGUUGUUCCACCACCGACAAUGCCUAUUUCUCCACCAACAUCGCCAUCAUCUCCGCCAACAAAACCUCCAUUACCAUCACCAUCACCAUCAUCUCCGCCAACACUUGCUCCAUCACCAUCACCAUCACCAUCACCAUCACCAUCAUCAUCACCAUCACCAUCACCAUCACCAUCAUCUCCGCCACGAAUGGCACUUCCUCCUUCACCCGCACCCUCAUCUCUACCAGUACCAACACCUCCAUCACCAUCUCUAGCACCAUCACCAUCAUCGCCUCCACCACGACCACGACAAUUACCAUCACCAACCCCAACAUCCCAACCAUCUCUACAAUUACCAUCAUUAUCACCAACAACAUCAUGUGACGAAUCAAAACUUCCACAAUCUCCACCUUCGUAA